AUGCUGGCUACUGCUCUCACAAGAAUGUCGCGUAACGGUGUAUCAGCAGCUCUUGCCAGGACAAGUGCAGUGGUUGCUCACAUGUCCACCAGCACUCAGGCAACACCACUAGAGCAGCCGGUGCUCUUUGAGUCGAAUGGAGCGACACGCACUUAUGUUUUGAACCGAGCAAGCAAACUGAACGCUCUCAAUGGUGACAUGCUCAAGUCGAUGAGACCUCAAUUGGAGCAAUGGUCAAAAUCCGACCUGUGCAAGAUUGUCGUUGGGACGGGUAUUGGCCGUGCAUUUUGUGCGGGCGGUGAUAUUGCAACUGUACUACAGCAUUCACUGCAUGACACUACUCGUUCAAAGGCUAUAGAAUUCUUCAAAGACGAAUUUGAAAUGAACUAUAUCCUGUCUGCGUUACCAAAGCCAUACGUAACCAUCUUGGACGGUAUCACAAUGGGCGGGGGGGUCGGACUUGCCAUCAGCGCUCCCUUUCGUGUUGCAACGGAGAAAACAAAAUUCGCUAUGCCAGAAACCAAGAUAGGUUACUGCCCUGAUGUUGGAGCAAGCUUCUUCUUGUCCAGGAUCGACGGUGAAAUUGGCACAUAUCUCGCCCUUACCUCAGAAACUCUUGUUGGCAGGGAAGUCUUUGAAUUAGGAUUUGCUACCCACUUUGUGUCAUCAAGGACAGUGCCCAACUUAUUGACUCAUCUAUCUGAUUUGGAGGACCCCACUUCCGCUAUGAUCGAUAGGACUAUCGAAGGUCAUCAUACAAAACGGCUUCAAGACGAACCGGUUGGAAGAUUGACGGGUCGCACGCGCCAAGCUCUUGAUACGGCAUUCCGACAUGAUACAGUUGAGGAGAUUAUGGAGGAUCUCACUAAGUUAGCCUCGACUUCGGAUGACUCAGUCGCUAAGUGGGCUUCGGAAACACUGGAGACAUUACAUACCCGGAGUCCUACUAGUCUCAAAGUGGCACUAGAGGCGGUCCGACGCGGGAAGGAAAUGACGCUCCUCCAGGCCCUUCAAAUGGAAAUGGGUAUUGCCACUGCUUACUGUAGCGGCGCGAGUCCAGAUUUCACUGCGGGAGUGACCGCGGUCCUGGUUGACAAAACGAAAGCUCGCCCUGCUUGGUCUCCUGAUAAGCUCCACGACGUCUCGGAUGCGAUAGUGGAGCGAUUUUUUGAGGAAGAUUCUGAUUAUCUCCGCGCCGUGCCUACUUUGACGCCGCCGGACUUUCUUACGAAUGACAAGCAAAAUCCGAUGAAAUUCGCUCUGCCAAGUGAAGGUGCCAUCUUACAAAUCGUGUCGAAAGUCGGAAAAGAUCCUAUCUCCCUUUCCGACCUACUGGCACAUUUUGAUAAUAUUCACUCGGGUAAGCAAGGUGUCGCAGAGAAAGUGGUUGAAGUAGUGAAACGGCGUUGUGAUGUCAUUGGUAAUGAAGGUUCGGAGGUGGUUAAUUGGAAAGAGUAA